GUGGAAACACAUUUCCUCUACCAAGGUUAGCCUUCCCAACCACAGCAAGCCUAAAGGGAGGAUGCUUCACGUAGGCCAGCAUUCCAGACACUCACAUAACUGUCUCUGUGUUUAGCUAUAAGGAGAACAUUAUGCGCCUCUCCAGCCUGCACAAGGACCGCCCCAUCGAGCCCCUGGACCUGGCUGUGUUCUGGGUGGAGUUCGUGAUGAGGCACAAGGGGGCUCCGCACCUGCGCCCCGCAGCCCAUGAUCUCACCUGGUACCAGUACCACUCUUUGGACGUGAUCGGCUUCCUCCUGGCCGUUGUGCUGGGGGCUGUCUUCAUCGCUUACAAGUGUUGUGUCUUGGGCUGCCGGAAGUGCUUUGGGAAGAAAGGACGAGUGAAGAAAUCUCACAAAUCCAAGGCACACUGAGAAGCAGCUGGGAAAUGAGACGACCCGAAGCUGCAGCCAGAGGCAACGUUAAGUUUAUGUUUUGCUUAUUAAAGAAAUACUUUUUUAAAAAAUAAAAACAAUCCAAUUGCUAGUCACGCCUACAGGUAGAGACACCUGAAUGGUUUCUGCCUCCUGUAGUGUCUUUGAUCCGACCACCCAUGUCAUCUUUCCAGUGAAUGGCCAAGAUGGUCGGACAGGUGUCUCCUGCACUUUGCAUUACUUUUCUUACUUAGAAGUGAG